GCGGGAUUACUUUUCUGGGGCUGCUUCUGAUUGGGCGGCGCGGCGCAAGGCGCGCGACCCUUUAAACAACAAACGGUCUGGAGACCUGAACCUGUCAUCUGGAUGCUCCCACCCGUAAACCGAAGCCCAGUGGGAGACUUCCGGGCUUGGGCAUCUGCAGAGGGCAAGGGACUGACUCUAGGGCUUUGAAGGACUUGCAACUGAGCAGCUCUGCGGCCGGUCAGUCUCGGCCUGUGGGUUGUGGUGCACAGGUCACAUUCACCUCGGUUCCCCGGCUUUUGGCACAGACGUCCACAAAUGCUUGUUGAAUACGUGCGAAUAAAGAGCUAGGAUGGAAGCAAUCCUUUGGGACUUUUCUGAGCAGUGUCCCCGCCUACUUCCUUCCACUUCCAGGUCAGGGGGGUGUGUCCAAAAGAAAGGGGAAAGCAAAUUCCGCCGGCAUUCGCACGCCUGCUACAAUUCCUUAGUGCGGCCUUUGCUUUUUAGGGGUCUCCUUACCCUGGAAUCGCCUCUUUAGAAAAAUCACUUCUCUGGCUUUACUAGUCUCAUCCUCUCCCUGAUUACUUCCCUGCACGUCUAGAGAUCGAAAAAUACUGCAGAGUGGAGAGGAAGAGGCUGUUGUAGAAACAAGCAAAGCUCAUUCCCCGGAGGGCCUCCUGGAGAAGGGUAAUUUCCUGCCUUCUUAAGUCGGCUAUCAAAAUCAGUAAUUUAACUCCCAUCUCCAGAGCUUCAGUUGCUCUUUCACUUCCCAGUUCCACAAGAGUAAUGGGCGACAGAGUUAUGGAGAAGCGCCUGCAGGAGGCUCAGCUGUACAAGGAGAAAGGGAACCAGCGUUACCGGGAAGGGAAGUACCGAGAUGCUGUGAGUAGGUACCAUCGAGCUCUACUUCAGCUGCGGGGUCUGGAUCCAAGUGUUCCCUCCCCGAUACCUAAUCUAGGACCUCAGGGUCCGGCUCUCACACCUGAACAAGAAAACACACUGCACACCAUCCAGACAGACUGCUACAACAAUUUAGCGGCCUGUCUCCUACAGAUGGAGCCAGUAAACUACGAACGGGUGAAAGAAUACAGUCAGAAAGUCCUGGAACGACAGCCUGACAAUGCCAAGGCCUUGUAUCGGGCUGGAGUGGCCUUCUUCCAUCUACAGGACUAUGACCAAGCUCGGCACUACCUCCUGGCUGCUGUCAGCCGGCAGCCAAAAGAUGCUAACGUCCGGAAGUAUCUCCAGCUAACACAGUCUGAACUCAGUAGCUACCAUCAGAAAGAGAAGCAGCUCUAUCUGGGCAUGUUCGGUUAACAAAGAAGAAGGACUCUCCUCCACUUGAACUUAGGUGAACCAUUAAAGACCCAUCAGUGAAACCUGAGCCUCAGAAGAGAAAUUAACCCCAUACCUCUGACCAAGGUGGAUUUCUGUCCGGUUUCUAGUUCUGCACAAACUCUUUACUAUUUUCACAGUUUGCCUCUUUUUUGUCUGUCCAUCUGUAUUUUAUAUAGCUUUCGUUUCAUGGUGUUUGGGGGACAUUUACCUUAAGAAAUAGAACCAGAAAACAUUCAUUAGCUAUGGGUGGAAUUAAUCAUAUCUGUGGCAUAGAUUAUAAUGACAGAUGUUGUUAGGUGUAUUAGAGGGGAAGGCUCGCAGAGGAUGAAAUAACAAUAGGAAGAAAGUAGUUUCUUUCUUUUUUUCCUCAGAUGCCCAAAAGCCAAAGUUACACAGGCUGCAAACUGAACAAUAUAUUGCUUUUGUGAAACUACACAAUUAUAAAUUGGGCCCAUGUGUCUUAAAAUGAAAAAUUUGAAAUUAACCAUGUUUGAUUAAGUUAAUUCCUUAUUCUUAAUAUUCCACAUACAUUCAGAUUUUUUCCCCCCUGCAAGAGUAUCUGGUUCCUGUGGUUUCUCUUGGUAAUUUCUUGUCCUUGUUAUUGUUUAUACUCGGAUCAUGAAUAUAGUAUACUUAUUUUUUUCAUUAAACUCUUUUCUCUUAAAAUC